GAAGCGCUGACACAGACGUUAAGCUCGACAGAAUUUCCUAAGAAAAUGCGUAUAGAACGCGCUCGAGAACUCCAGGAGCGCAUUAAACGUUUGCAAAGAGCAAGUUGGGCAGUCGAUUCGCAGCUAGAAGCAGUGGAGUUGAGAUUGCUCUCGGAGUUGAAUCCUCUCACGGAUCGUCAACGCCCGUUUCAAGCGAAAUAUGCCGCCAAGCUUCGUUGUCGUCUGGAACGAAUGCUCGCUUCGGUUCAAUCAUGGCAACAUGUGCUUGAUGGGUAUGACGAAAACGAUUCAAUCAGCAGUUAUUGGAACUCCAUACAAGCACUUUACGCUUCGUCCUCUGCUAUUAUCUCUAGUGACGAAUCUCGACGCCAAUACGCUUUGAAUUCGUGGCGAGGUGCACCAGGCGGUGGCUCGCUACUUCAUAUCGCAGCUUGGAAUGGCUGGGAAAAGCAUGUUCAGCUGCUAAUUGAUGAGGGCGCAGACGUCAACUUGAUCGAUUCCAGCGCGAGUUACAGGACGCCAUUGCAUGAAGCUUGUCGGGCUGGCCACGUUCCAGUCGUAGAGCUGCUACUUCGAUCUGGAGCUCGCUUGGAUGCAGUGGAUGUCAGUGGUGACUCCCCGUUGCAUGUAGCCUGCCGCGCAGGUUGGACUCGUGUUGUUCGUGUUCUGCUGAUGGCAGCAGAUGAUAUAGGAGAGGAAAGAGAUCCCAGGGCUGUGGAUAAACACGCAUUGACGCUGGAAGAGUAUUUCAAUUUGCGCAAUGGUAAAGGACGACGUGCAAUUGACGUGGCAACAUUGCCAUCUUUAGUGGAGGAACUACACGGUAAGACUUAAGAAGUGGCUCAAAAUACUGAAUCAGUAGCAUGUAUGUUGUUCAACAAUGCGGUGCUGCGCACGGGGAAGCGAUAAUAUGCUUGUAAUGAUAGUAAG